UGCACACAGCAGCGAGCAGAGUGCGGAAGUGUGAUGUCACUCGCAGAAACUGAAAGUAGCGUCAACAAAAUCAAGAGGCAGUGUGUGAACACAACAUAAUGAGCCAUCAAAUAGACGAUGUGAUGGCGCUGUGCUGUAAGAUCUCAGAGAGCAGGCAGAUUAAAGCAGCUGUGCGGAACUCAGCCAAAGGAGCUGCUGUUGCUGGUGGAGGGGCUUUUGUUGGGGGGCUGCUCGGAGGUCCACCCGGUUUAUUUAUUGGUGGUGCUUUGGGAGGUGCCGCGGGAUGGUGGAUGACUAGUGACACAUUCCUUCCUCUUCACCAGAUCAUAAUGGAGAUGCCUCCUCAACAGAAGAAGAAAUUGUACUCUGACGUCAUGGCAGUACUGGGCAAACUGGACUGGGUUGAUCUGGCUCAACUCAUGUUUCUAGUGAUGGGUAAUUCCUCUCUACAAAUGCGAGUACUUACUACUUUAAUCUCUUUUGCCACAAAAGAGCUCGGAGCCAAAGUGGAUUAUGUACAAAAAUAGUGUGUUAAAGUCACCAGCUUAGUCUAAGCCAAGUUUGACUAUCUGAAGAGCUUUUUUAAUUUAGUUUUUUUUUUUUUUUUUACUUUUAUUUUUCUUUAUUAUAAAGAUGCUUGUAGGUGUUAUGGUCGACUGCUUUUCCUAUAUUUCUAUUUUAAUCCAGUUUACCAGAGUCACAGAGUUUCACUGUAAACCUCAACACGUUUAAAAUAUUUAGAUGUUUAAAAUACAUGAAAUUCAAAAAAUUGAGUAAUCAAUUAGUGAGUAAAUCCAAGUAAUUAAGCAAUAAUCUUUUUUAAAACACCUAAAAUCAAGACCACCUCAUUAGCCAUUUCAGUUCAGUUAAAGGGAUAGUACACUAAAAAAUUUGCUCAUACCAUUUGUGGUGUGUGACUUUCCAUUAUGUAAUAUAUGUUCUACAAAAUAAAGAAUGACAAAUGGGUUUGGAACCACAUGGGGAGUAAAUGAUGGCAGAAUUUUCAAUUUUUGGUGAAUGAUACAUUUAAUCAGUUAACCAGAGUUGACUUUUAGAUUUGCAAGUAAAAUAGUGUUGUUGUUUUUUUCAUAUUCAUUUAAAUUUUAUUUUCUUAAAACACAGGAUAGGAUUUAGUUGACCUGAAUCAGAAUCAUCUUUGAAUUUUUGUUGUCCUUUAAGGCUGCAAUACACUACAUGACUUUUAAAGUCAUCAUACACUUACCAACUUUGUAAAUAAUCACAAAGCCGGCUCAAAAUAUCAAACAUGUUUGAUAUCCUCUGACUGGAUGGAUUCAUAGUCUGUAGCUAAAAAGUCUAUGUCCAUCAUACACUACACGAUUUUCUGUGCAAUCUGUCAGCUCAAAUCCGCAGACUGGCUCUGACUUUUGGCAACUAGCGUUGACUUCUCCAAACUGUAAAUCGGGGGAAAAUCAUGGCAAAAGUUGUGCAGUGUAUUCUAGCCUUUAUGCAAUAAUCCAUUCAUAUGAUAUUUGCAUUGGUAGAGAAUCACGCCCUGGGUCUACCUAACACACAUCACUAAGAGUGACUUAAAUGACUUUCUUUUGAUUCAAUAAUAACUUAAUUUAAACAAAACUAUUCACAUAAAUGCUGAAAGCUUCAGUGUUAUUUGGGGGCUACACAAUAUGCAAGAUAAAAUGUAAUUCUAAUUGUAACUGUAAUUGUAACAUGAUUGACACAGCGUUAUUUCAUAACUGCAGGAAUAACCCAUGAACACAUGUACCACGCUAUUGUAAUUGUGUUUACCUGACGCUUUAUAUGCACUACCGUUCAAAACUUUGGGGUUGGUAAUGUUUAGAAUUUUUUCAGUGAAUCAGUGCUGCAUUUAUUUGAUCAAAAACACAGUAAUAUUGUGAACUAUUAUUACAAUUUAAAAUAACUGUUUUAAUAUAUUUCAAAAUGUAAUUUAUUCACGCAGUCAUCACUGCAGUUUCCAGUGGCACACGAUCCUUCAGAAAUCAUUCUAAUAUGCUGAUUUGGUGCUUAAGAAACAUUUCUUUUUAUCAGUGUUGAAAACAGUUUAACAGCUUAAUAUUUUUGUGGAAAACAUGAUACUUAUUUUUCAGGAUUCUAUGAUGAAUAGAAAACUCAAAAGAACAGCAUUUAUUUGAAACAGAAAUCUUUUGUAACAUUAUGAAUGUCUUAUGUAACAAUAUGAAUGCAUCAUUACUGAAUAAAAGCUUUUAUGACACGU